AUGUAUGUAGAUGUAGAUAUAUUUCCGGGUGGUGGUGGUGGUGGUGGUGGUGGUGGUGGUGGUGGUGGUGGUGGUGUGUGUGUGGCACUGCUCACCCCGCCCCCUGGGAGCUGCUCGCCCCGCCCCCUGGGAGCUGCUCGCCCCGCCCCCUGGGAGCUGCUCGCCCCGCCCCCUGGGAGCUGCUCGCCCCGCCCCCUGGGAGCUGCUCGCCCCGCCCCCCUGGGGAGCUGCUCGCCCCGCCCCCCUGGGAGCUGCUCGCCCCGCCCCCUGGGAGCUGCUCGCCCCGCCCCCCUGGGAGCUGCUCGCCCCCCGCCCCCUGGGAGCUGCUCGCCCCCGCCCCCCUGGGAGCUGCUCCGCCCCGCCCCCUGGGAGCUGCUCGCCCCCGCCCCCUGGGAGCUGCUCGCCCCGCCCCCUGGGAGCUGCUCGCCCCGCCCCCUGGGAGCUGCUCGCCCCGCCCCCUGGGAGCUGCUCGCCCCCGCCCCCUGGGAGCUGCUCGCCCCCGCCCCCUGGGAGCUGCUCGCCCCGCCCCCUGGGAGCUGCUCGCCCCCGCCCCCUGGGAGCUGCUCGCCCCCGCCCCCUGGGAGCUGCUCGCCCCGCCCCCUGGGAGCUGCUCGCCCCGCCCCCUGGGAGCUGCUCGCCCCCGCCCCCCUGGGAGCUGCUCGCCCCGCCCCCUGGGAGCUGCUCGCCCCCGCCCCCCUGGGAGCUGCUCGCCCCCGCCCCCUGGGAGCUGCUCGCCCCGCCCCCCUGGGGGAGCUGCUCACGCCCCGCCCCCCGCCCUCUGGGAGCUGCUCACGCCCCCGCCCCCGCCCCCCUGGGAGCUGCUCACGCCCCGCCCCCGCCCCCUGGGAGCUGCUCACGCCCCGCCCCCCGCCCCCUGGGAGCUGCUCACGCCCGCCCCCGCCCCCCUGGGAGCUGCUCACGCCCCGCCCCCCGCCCCCCUGGGAGCUGCUCACGCCCCGCCCCCGCCCCCUGGGAGCUGCUCACGCCCCGCCCCCCGCCCCCUGGGAGCUGCCCCCUCUUCGUCAGCGCCUGCUGGAUAAAAGGGCUGGUUCUUGGAAAAAGUCUGUCACCAAUGACGUCGAUGAUGUCGCCGAUGACUCAAGUCUUUACCCACCUCCAUCUCCAUCUGACAAAGGCCAGGCCAUUUGCCCUAUGUAUAAAAUGGCCAGUAAGUCACAUUUUGCCAGGAGAUUCCCAUUUUGGUGGAAAAUUCAAAAUUCUAGUGAAAAUGCAAAAGAACAGCCCAAUUGUGCUAGUGUGUUUCAUGUGGAACUAGACCUGUUGUACUAA